AACGCAAGCGCCACAAAGAAAUAGAUUGUCAAAAACAGCAAUGGCGUUAACAAGAAAGGGAAACGUGAGGCUUCCUCCAGAAGUCAAUCGGAUUUUAUAUGUCAGAAAUUUACCAUACAAAAUAACAGCUGAGGAAAUGUAUGAUAUUUUUGGAAAAUAUGGAGCCAUAAGGCAAAUACGUGUAGGAAACACUACAGAAACUAAAGGGACAGCAUUUGUUGUAUAUGAAGACAUUUUUGAUGCCAAGAAUGCAUGUGACCAUCUGUCAGGGUUCAACGUUUGUAACAGAUACCUAGUAGUUCUCUACUUCCAACCUAACAAGGCAUUCAAGAAAACAGAUGAUACCAAAAAGAAAGAAGAUAUUGAAAAAAUGAAACAGAAAUAUGGACUUUCGACACCAGAAAAGAAGUAAACGUGACAUGUGCAAUCAUUAGUGGAUAUUAUUGUGACAUUAUUUUCAUAUGUUGUCAUCCUCACAGUACUUGUAUAUCAUAGAUCUUACAGACAGACAAAGAUACAUUUAUAAAAACAAGUACUUGUUAGGGCAUCCUUUACUGAGGCAGUUGUGCAAAUUUCUCAUACAAACUAUAUUUGUUUUUUGUAAAUCAAAUCUCAAUUGUAGAUGUUUUAAAAUAUUUGUUAGUGCUUUUGUAUAAAACACACAUGGAUAGUUUCAAGUUAAGACCUCACGUUAUUAACAUUUUAAUUAUAAAUAGCUAUGGUCACCAUGUUUUGAAGCGCUAGAAAAUGUGAGACAUCUCAUCAUGGUCUGGAAUUCAUUUUGUAUUAUACAUGUAGAAUGAUUGUAAUUAAAAGAAAGAUUUAAUUAUUAUUUGUAUAAUGAAGUCUUACAUACAUGUACAUGUCUUUUCACUUAAGAAAAACACAGUUCUGUUUCUGUUUUUUCCCACAAAAAUUGAAUAAAAAAGUAUUUUUCCACAGAGAAA